UAUGUUUUUUUUUUUUACAAGUGGUCGCUUUAAGGUAACUCACACUGUAGUGGACUCAAUAGUAAUACUGAUCUGCGUUGAUUGGCAGAUGUAUGCUACAGGCUGAAGUCUCAGCUUUGUCAUCAGAAGGCGGUUUUAGGGAGCGACUGACCUCCCACUCCAAAACGGUAGGCGGCGGUGAAGCACCUCGCAGCGGAAUGCUGUCCGACAACUAGAACAACGACAAGUAGAAGCCAUCAGCUCUCAGGUCAGGUCGGAGUCGGCAAGCGGGAAUUUGAGCUGAAGCCGUCGCCUAGACCACGUGACCAUGUCGCAGAGAAGGAAAGUAUCGCACGGACUGCAGUCCAGCUUCCAGACCAAGACAGCUCAGCGAUCAGAGACGUUGUUGGGUGAUGAUGAGGAUGAAGAGGGAACCCAGCCCAGCUCUUCUCAGGUGCAGAGAGGUCUGGACAGACUCACACCUGCUCAGGUGGACCUUAAGAUGUCGGAGGUGGUGCAGUUCUUUCUGGUGAAAGAUCAGAAGAAGAUGCCCAUACGCAGAGCAGACAUAGUGAAGCAUGUGUUGAAGGAGUACAGGAAUAUCUACCCUGAGAUCAUGAAGAGAGUGGAGCGCACCCUCGAACAGGUGUUUGGUCUGAAGGUGGUGGAGAUGGACACCAAGAACCACGUCUACAUGCUAAUCAACAAACUGGAGACUGUGGAGGGAGCCGCUUUCAGUGUGGGUCCCAGCACUCCAAAGUCAGGCCUCCUCUUCGUCAUCCUCAGCAUCGUCUUCAUGAAGGGAGGAGUGGUCAAGGAGAGCCUGGUGUGGAACACAUUGAAAAAGCUCAGAGUGGAUCCAGGCAGGGAGAAGCACGAGGAGUUUGGAGACGUAAAGAAGAUGGUGACUGACGAGUUUGUCCGCCAGAGGUACCUGGAGUAUGUGCGGGUGCCUCACACCGAGCCUGUGGAGUUCGAGUUCCGCUGGGGUCAGCGUGCCGACAUUGAGGUGUCAAAAGUCAAACUGCUGGAGUUCAUGGGUCAGCUUCAUGACCAGGACCCCAAGAGCUGGAGCCAGCAGUACCGGGAUGCCACCAGCCCCAUGCCCGGCACAAGCAGCCAACGGCAGAGCAGCCAGAGAUGACCCUCCCCUGCAUCCACCCACCAUAUCCAAUAGGAGAGCUGCCACAAAACCAUCCAUCCAAUGGGGGAACUGAAAGAUCUGAGCCCCUCUGUCUGCCUACUUGUCUCCCUGUCUCCCUGUGUUUGUCAGUAGGGGAUGAAACAAAGGUUGCG